CGUCCUGGUCUGGCCGAUCCGUGCCGUGCUGUGCCGUGCCGUGCCGCUGUGAGCUCCGCUUGCUCGCUCUCCAGUCGGCGCAGGCGCUGUGGCGUCUCGCAAAGCUGGAUAUUGAGUGUUUGCAUUGUGUCUGAACUGCCGGCGAGCUUUAAAAAAAAUAUUAUACCAAGAGCAGCAAUGUCGGGCAGGUCGGUCCGCGCGGAGACCAGGAGCAGAGCGAAAGAUGACAUCAAGCGGGUGAUGGCCGCAAUUGAAAAAGUACGAAAAUGGGAGAAGAAAUGGGUGACUGUAGGAGACACAUCCCUCAGAAUCUACAAAUGGGUCCCGGUGACUGAACCAAAAACAGAAGAAAAGAACAAGAAUAAGAAAAAAAGCAAAGAUGACAAAUGUGGUUCUGAGGUCACGACACCAGAGAACAGCUCCUCGCCAGGCAUGAUGGAAAUGCAUGAUGAAAACAGCAACCAGAGCUCAAUUGCUGAUGGCUCUCCUAUCAAGCAAGAAAACAGUAAUAAUGCAAGCCCAGCGCCUGAACUGAUGCACUCAUCCCAAGGAGAGGGGAGCGAUUCUAAGUCAGAGGAAAGCCAAUUGCCUUCUAAGGAUCAGCUGAGCACAGAGGGCAAGAACACUCACACAUCGGAAAGUGCAGUAGACUCCUUGGAGAAUGAAGAAGUGCAGAGUUUGGGGGAAAAUGAUUCCUCAACGGAAGUUGUGAAGAGUACUCAGGAAUCAGAUGGCGAAGGUCCACCUUUGAAAAAACUGAAAACAGACUCAUCCCAGCAAGACUUUGAAGAAAGCUAAAUUGGUGUUCAGGAUUUUCCAGUAGCACGUACCAAUUGGGUCUCCUUGAGGAUACUGUCAUUCUGCAAUCUUGCUUCUGCUGGCAAAAGUCUACUCUUCAUGAUAACGAGCUCCAGUCCCGUUCAUCACGCAGAAGGCAAGACUUACGAGACACUGAACUUGACCUGUGAAAUAGAUGAUGUUGAAUUGUAACUUUUUAAAAAGUUUAUUUAAUUUUAUUUUAUAUAUUUUUUUUUCUUUUCUGUGAAAUGGGUUGAUAUUCUCAGGAGGGUCUACGCACUGUUUUUAAAUGUCAAGAUCACAGUUUUUGCUGCUGUAUUUUUAUUUUUUAUUUUUUGUUUGUGUGUGUUAUGUUUUCUAUUUAACAAAAUAGUACUUAAGAGGUACAGGUCACAUUUUAUGUUUUCAUGUGCAGCCCAUAGAUUUAUAGGGCAGUUUCUGCUGCAUUACGUGCCUUGUGUUUCAGAAAAA